UCUUUAUGGUUCUUCAUAGCUGCAUUUGUAUAUCUUCAAAGAAAGCCUUUAGUGUCUUCGUGGUUGUAAUGGCCAUUCUAGAUGAAGAGUUGCUGUUCAGGCACUGAAGACUGGGGCCAGUACUGCCGAUGGCUUUAGACCAUUCCAUCUUCUUUCCACUUCUAUGGAUUACCCAACAGCAAUAAUGAUCAUUAUAGCCAGCUUCUGAUAUUCCUCUACAGUCAGGGGAAGGUCAGCUAUUUUUUGAUCCCCACGGGAGAGAGACAGCUCCUCAAUCAGUUUCCUAAAAUAGCCAGCCAUUCUCAGCUGCCGGGCUGGAGUCCCUCCAGGGGUGAGCAGAGGGAAUACAAUCCACCAGCUGGUUCUGAGUGAGAAGCCACCAAAACACAAGCGAGGAGAGGCUUCUCAAGAAGAUUCUGCCUACUCAAAACUCCUCAUUCUUUUUGUUGUUGAGAAGCUAGGUGUCUGCCAUUUUUUAAUUUCUUAUUUGAAGGGAAACCAGUGAAUUGAAAAUGAAACUAAAUGUCGCCAUCUUCUUUGGAGCUCUCUUUGGUGCUUUGGGGGUUUUACUCUUUUUGGUGGCUUUUGGAUCGGAUUAUUGGCUUCUGGCAACUGAAGUGGGGAAGUGUUCAGGUGAACAGAAUAUAGAGAAUGUCACUUUCCACCAUGAAGGAUUCUUCUGGAGAUGUUGGUUUAAUGGGAUUGUGGAAGAGAAUGAUUCCAAUAUCUGGAAGUUCUGGUACACCAAUCAGCCGCCAUCCAAGAACUGCACGCAUGCUUACCUGUCACCAUAUCCCUUCAUGAGAGGCGAACACAACUCUACCUCCUAUGACUCUGCAGUUAUUUACCGUGGUUUCUGGGCGGUCCUGAUGCUCCUGGGGGUAGUCACUGUGGUCACCGCCAGCUUUCUGAUCAUCUGUGCAGCGCCCUUCGCCAGCCACCUUCUCUACAAAGUCGGGGGAGGCUCCUAUGUGGCUGCAGGCAUCCUGUUUUCACUGGUGGUGGUGCUGUAUGUCAUCUGGGUCCAGGCAGUGGCUGACAUGGAAAGCUACAAAGACAUGAAAAUGAAAGACUGCUUGGAUUUCACUCCUUCUGUUCUGUAUGGCUGGUCAUUUUUUCUGGCCCCCGUGGGGAUAUUUUUUUCUUUGCUCGCUGGAUUACUGUUUCUAGUCGUUGGACAUCACAUUCAGAUACAUCACUAAUUAAACUGUUGCCACCAGUGUUUUCGUGACAGAUUUUGAAACACCAUAUUUUUAAUUUUCAUUUUGUUUCAGUGAUCCCAGCAUAGAAUUAGUGGAUGAAAUGUUUUAGUUGCUAUUUGAAUUAAGCAUUUUCCUUGUGAUUUCCUCUAAUAAAAAGGUUCUAGAAUCUCUCCAGACACCAACAUGUUUCCAUAUAAUCUAAGUGCUAUCCAGAACCUAGUUCUUUAGGGAGCAGGUCAUGUGGGCCUCCCUUUCAUUGCACUGGUUAGAGUUCAUGCAGGUUGCAAAUACAUGUAAAGGUAUUAUAAUAACACAGUGCCAUCAACGGGGGCAAAUCAAGAUUUGAUUUGAAGCCUCCUUCUUGGCAUUUACUUCUGUUGCUACUUAAAAAAAAAAUCUUUGGAGAAUAAUUAAGAACGGGAAACAAAUGUCAGAGAAUUUACUCCAUUUCUUCUCUGCACACAUGCAUAACCACAUACACAGUCACUGACUCCUGUGAGCAAAUUAUUCAUUGUUUAAAACUAGAUAGCAGUUGUUUUCAUAGCAGGAGCCACGCAAACUUGUCAGUUAAAAUGGGCCACAACAACCGAGAAUGUGGACUUUUUCAACUUUCUUACCAACAGUAGCUUGGUUACCUAAUUUUAUUCACUUAAUUGUGCAUACUUACAUAAACCUUAAACUAUAUUUAAAAGUAACAAAUCUGUGCACCAAAUUACAUAUGAUGCAGAUUGGAUUUUUAAAAACUUAAAGUGGGUUAAUUGUAUAUUUAAUAUGGUUGAAACUAUGUGAAGACCAAGUACCUUAGCUUAGUACAUAAUGUUAUUUAUUUUAGAAUUUAGAAUUCCCAUUUAAAAUUGUAUUGCUGAUAUGUUCAGCAUGUGAAAUGUAUUGACGAAAUGUGCAUUUAAUAUGCACAAAAAUACUUCCACAUGAGACGAUAAUAGCCUUAGUUUAUUAAAGACUAUGAAAUGUUAACUUUUCCUGAGAUUUUAUGGGUUGUAGUUCUUCUGAUCAUUUGAUUCCCUUAAUUAUUGUCCAUCAAUUUCUUUAUCUUUACACCAGGUAUAUUAACAUUUACAGACAUGCUAUUUUCUUUAACUUCUUGUAAGACAACUUUUGCUUUUUGCAGGGGGGAGAGGAAGGGUGGAAUAAUUCUGUAUUAUUUACUAGCACAGACAUUUUGCAUAUCAAAGAUGUUUGUCUGGCACCAGUUUUGAUCGAAAUCAAAUCCAUCUGAGAUGCCGAGGUCCUAUUUGCAUUUUGGAAACCUCCACCAGGGAGGAGUUUGUGUUAGUGAAGGAACAGAGUACAACAUGGCUGUGAGUUUUGUUCCAGGGGCUGCGUUGUACGCUGCAGCUGCUGUGAAGGUGAAGACAGGACUCAGAGGCAAAUUAGGGGUGGUUGCCUGGAAGAUGCUGUAGCUAGAGGGACUGCUGCUGUCCAUCCAGCUGUUGCCGUGAUGGAGAGAUUGCCCGAGUCUUCUCUACACAUCUCUUACUUUCCAUUAAAUCUUGCUUCAGUGGGAGGGAUUUCUGGAGGAAGAGCAAAGAUCGGAGGCAUCUACAGAAUCCUGAGGGGCCCAUUAGUAUAGGGACACUAAGGACUUGCAUGUAGUGAGAAACAAAAAGACAAAACAAGAAAACUAAGCUUCAGGGGUGUAACUGGUUUCUCAAGCCAUUUCCAUUAUAUCCUAAAUGAUUUUCAUGGUACUUUCCUUAGUCUUUUUCUGUUUCAUUUUUAUAUUGCCUUCAUUUAUUUCUUUGCUUUUGGCUUGAUUAUUAGAAAAAUAAUUAUGGCUUCUGUUAUGCAUAUUGACUCUGAUAUUAAAUUAUGGCACACCAUUAAGUUUCCAGACGACGCUAGAUGUAUUUGAUUAGUUCAUGUCAUCUGUAAAUACAAUUCCUUUUUGUAGAACUUUGGAAUGGAGCCUUUUCCUAGUGUAUUAUAUGUCAUUUAAAUUUCACAUACAAGCUGCUUUCAGUAAAGGUUUGAAUAUUUAUAAAUUUCAGAUGCUUAUCCUCACUUUCUAAUGCACUUACGUGGCUACCAUAUAUUUAUCAUAAGGCAGUUGGCUGAAUAUGUGAUAUGUGUGACACUUUUACACAGACCCACACUUUGGAAGUAUUUUGUGGUUGUAAUGCAUCAAUCACAUUAAUUCAAACGCAUAUCCUGAUCUACUUACCAGCAAUUCGCAGGAGGAAGGAAGGUAAGUUGUGUUUGCUGUCAGUGCGUAAAAUAUACUUAAAAAUAGCAGAGGUAUACAGCAUAUUCUUGUAACAGCCUUACAUCUGAUUUGGGACAGUGUGUUUCCUGUUAUUUCUCUACUUAGUGUAUUGAUUAAUUUUCAGAAGCUUCCCAACAAAGUGUUUAAAUCUUAAGAGUGUUGAUUUUGCAUCAUAAAGUUUCAAUUUGAUAAACAAGAUAUAUUUUGGUGACCAUUCUAGAAAG